AUGAUAUGUAUCAGUGAUGACUCUCAAGAGCAAAUUUCCGUGUGGCAGGACGAGGACCUCUAUUCCAAUCCCAGGAGUCCAAAUUUUGAAGAUGACCGAAUGAGUAUAAACUCCCAACUGAGAAAAACUAAAAGUAUGGACGCUUCCUGUCUAGAUAUACGUUCUAUCGGUGAUGCUGAUUCCCCUGUGAAUACAUUAAAUAGGGCAAAGUCAGAGUAUAACCUGAAUUCAUCACAACAUUCAGUCAUCCAUGAUGGACACACACCCACCCGAAGACCGAAAUCGAUGGCCGUCCCUCCGCCCCCUGCUUGGGACACUCAACUGGCACGUGCACUUUACGCCUACCUGUCGAGUGGCGAAAAUCAACUCAGUUUUUUGGAAGGCGACCUCAUUGCCCUCAUAGGAGACAGAAAUAAGGGAUGGCAGUUCGGAGAGAACUUGCGGACACAGUGCAGUGGAUGGUUUCCUUUGGCGUAUACCGAGUUCUUAGAUGAUCCUACCUU